GCCCGCCCAUCCACAUACGUCAACACACACACACACACACACACACACACUGCGUUUGUUGGCUGGACUUGAGAGUUCAAACUCUCAAUGGGAGCGAACAAGAAUCUCGUGCACUGGUUGAAGUGGAUCACCGUGUUCACGCUCUUGUUCUUCGUGGGAUUUAUUAUCGGCUGGUUUGCGAGACCCGAUGGCACACGGCACGAGGAGCCGAGGCGAGAAUUCCUGCCUGAGUUCUUGGAUGAAAUCCGUGCAGGCAACAUCAAACAAUAUCUUAGGAAGUUUACUCGUCUUCCCCACUUGGCGGGAACGGAGCAGAACCUGCGAUUAGCCGAGCAGAUCCGGGAGGAGUGGCUAGCGUUUGGACUCGACUCGGCCGAGCUCGUGUGGUACGACGUUCUGUUGUCGUAUCCGAACACGACCCGGCCAAACUACAUCUCUGUAGUGGACCAGCACGGGGAUGAGGUCAUCACGUCGUCUCUGGCCGAACCGGUGCCUUUGGGUUAUGAGAAUGUGAGCGACAUUGUUCCUCCGUACAACGCCUUUUCUGCACAGGGACAACCUGAGGGUGAGUUGGUGUACGUGAACUAUGGCAGGACGGAGGAUUUCUUCAAACUGCAGAGGGACAUGGGCAUCAACUGCACAGGCAAAAUUGUCAUCGCCCGAUACGGCAAAAUCUUCAGAGGAAAUAAGGUAAAAAACGCUAUGCUAGCCGGCGCCAAAGGCAUCGUGUUGUACUCGGACCCGGCGGAUUACUCUGCCGAUGGUGUGAAACCCUAUCCUGAAGGAUGGAACCUGCCAGGAGGCGGAGCUCAACGGGGCAACGUCCUGAAUCUGAACGGAGCCGGAGAUCCCUUAACCCCCGGCUACCCAGCUAAGGAGUAUACAUACAGAUUAAGCCUAGACCAGGGGGUGGGGCUUCCGAAGAUUCCAGUGCAUCCUAUUGGCUACAGUGAUGCUGCACAUCUGCUGAAGAAUAUGGGCGGAGCAACUCCACCUCCUGAUUGGAAAGGAGCUCUCAAUGUGUCGUAUCGUAUCGGCCCUGGGUUCAUUGGUGACUUCGUACAGAAUAAAGUGCGCAUGAACGUGCACAGCUACAACCAGGUGACCAGGAUUUACAAUGUGAUUGGCCGAAUCAGAGGAGCUCAGGAGCCAGAUCGCAAUGUUAUAUUAGGUGGUCAUCGUGACGCGUGGGUGUUUGGGGGAAUUGAUCCUGUGUCUGGAGCUGCAACAACACACGAGAUUGCCAGAGCUGCUGGGAAACUUUUGCAGAACGGCUGGCGACCCAGACGCACAUUGAUUUUUGCCAGUUGGGAUGCUGAAGAGUUCGGCCUCCUCGGAUCCACAGAGUGGGCUGAGGAAAAUGCUAAGAUGCUCCAGCAGAGAGCUGUGGCAUAUAUCAACGCAGACUCUGCUAUUGAGGGUAUGUACACACUGAGAGUGGACUGCACUCCGUCUCUACAUACACUGGCUUACGACAUCACCAAACAGGUGAUGAGUCCAGAGGAAGGGGAGGAAGGAAUGACCCUGUAUGACAGCUGGCACAAACGGGACAACUGGACGGAUAAUCGGGACGCGCCCCGGAUCAGCAAGCUCGGCUCAGGAAGUGAUUUCGAGGCCUACUUUAUCAGACUGGGAAUUGCAUCUGGCCGAGCGAGAUACACUAAGAACAGAAAGACAGAGCGGUACAGCAGUUAUCCCGUGUACCACAGCGUGUACGAGACGUUCGAGGUGGUUGAGCGUUUCUACGACCCCACCUUUCGCCGUAUGGAGGCGGUCGCGCGUGUGCGAGGGGGCGUGGUUUUCCGCUUAGCCGACGCCCCCGUGCUGCCUCUGGACUGCAUGGAGUACGCGCUCGCGCUCUCUCAGUACGCGCACACCAUCGAGCGAUUGGCGCGGAAACACCCAGAGGAGAUGGAGCGAUACGACGUGACGUUCGAUGCCCUGUUUUCAGCGGUGGACAAUUUUACAAACGCGGCACAGGAGUUUCAGCGUCACCUGAACACACUCGACACAUCCAAUUCUCUUUCAGUGCGGAUGGUGAACGAUCAGCUGAUGUACCUGGAGCGAGCGUUUAUUGAUCCUCUCGGUCUCCCCGGUCGUCCCUUCUACAGACACGUGGUGUUCGCUCCCAGCAGCCACAACAAGUACGCUGGCGAGUCGUUUCCGGGGAUUUACGACGCUCUGUUCGACAUUGAGAACUCCGCCGAGCCUCAGACAGCCUGGAGCGAGGUGAAGCGACAGAUCAGCGUUGCUGCUUUCACGGUCAACGCUGCGGCCGAUACGCUCCGCCCCGUUGCGUGAGGGGGGCAAGACAAUCAGUCCGAGAGUACGUUUUACCGCUCAGUCUGAGAUCUCGAGGUUUAGGGUAGAUACACACACACAUUCGACAUAUACCCAGGGUAUACACAUCUGCAAAUCGGAUUGGAUUGAAGCUAUGAAUUAAUUUUUUUGGCAAAUCACAGGUUUAUAUACACGUGUUAAUGUACUUGUUCUAAUACAUUAUAGUUUCUAUGCACAGCGAUAAUCAAAAACAAAGAAAAUUUAAAAACAACUGUUAUAAACCGAACAGUGUCACAGAAAAUUAUUUUAAUUCCAGUGCCCCCAUCUGGGGGUGGGAUAUAUAAUACAGCCUGGGAAGUGUCAGUGCCUGACAUGUUGGAAGCUAAAGAAAUGGGCAAGCAUAGGAAUCUGGUCCAACCAGUGACAGGGAGCCCAAGGCUCACUGAUGAGCAUAAGGAGUGUAGGUGAGGUCCAAUCAUACAGAAGAGACUACUGAUGCACAAACUGCUGAGUCAGAGAAGACAGAGCUUCACAGCUUGUUGCAGAGGUACCACCAAAGCUCUUGGACACCUGUGAAUCUGAACUGGAUCCUAGAGCCAUGGAAGAAGGUGUUCGGUCUCAUAAAUCAUGUUUUCUUGCAUAUCGUGUGAACGGACAGUUGUGUAGGUGUGUGUGUAAGUAGCUUACCUGGGGAAGACAUGGCCCCAGGAUGCACUAUGGGAAGAAGUUGAGCUUUUGGAAGCAGCAUGAUGCUCUGAUUGAUUUUCUGCUUCCUAGCACAUCUACACUGCAACAUCAUGACACACACUUCAAAGCCUCCAAAUUCCCCAGACUUCAAUCUGAUCGAGUCUGUGGGAUGUACUGGACAAACGAGUCUGAUACGUGGAGGCCUGUUGGACAACUUUCAAACAGAAUUCAAUUAUAAAUAACUCGAUAAAUCUUUUCAUUAUAUAAAUUGUCAGUUUUGAUCAAAUAAAAAAAACAACAACCCUGUAUUCUUAA